AUGGCCCCAUCAGCGUCCGAUCCGAAAGAGCUCAAGCUAGCACUGAACCCCGCUAGACAGCGUACGUUCACCCUCCUCGUCGGUAGUAUCGUUGGUCAGAUGCGGAGAAACAUAGAAUAUACAUUUGAUCAUUCUCCCAAAGACGCAGCUCCUCUCUUUGCAACCCCAGAUCCUCCACGGGAUAGAUCCAUAUCACCAGUACGAUCCUCCAAUCCAUCUAAGAAGGACGACAACAACGCUUAGAAGCCAAACUUGAACGUUCUCCUUCUACCCCAAAACUUCAGGCUUUGAAGCGGGAUCUUCUAAGGUAUUUCGACAAAUGGGCAAACGAGGUACGAGUUGAGCUACGGAGAAUCACCGAUAGUCCUGAAGAUCCACGAUCGGAGCAAAGGAGAAGAGAAUGGUUGCAGACAAGAAAUGUACCACCUCCAGCUUACACAUCCACUGAUACUGUACUUCAAUCAGCGGAGCGAUCUGCUGCUGCCCAAGCAACUGAAGCACGGGAAACCGAUGAAGCAAAAGAUGUCUCCAUGUUACACAGCCUCUACCCACCCACUGCUACACGAUUCACCACCAUUUCGGAAGAAGACAGGAUUUGUGUUAUUAGUUGCAUGGUAUUACUUUUGUUGAGCUUAGGACACUACUCGGCCUAUUCAAGAACAUUACUUUGUUUUAUUACUUCUUCCUUCAAUCUUCCAAUGGCUAUUCUCACUAAUGAGGAGAAUGAGAUAUCGAAGACCCUCUUACUGGCAUCAAAAACACUCACGGCAGAUGCCGAGACUCAGAAACGACAAGCUGAAAAUGCCUUCUCUCGUCGUUGGACAGUUGAAUUGGCUUCUCUUCGUGGUGCAGCAUUUAUUGGGAUCACAGGCGGCUCAGCUGCUCCAGUAGUUGCUGGUGCUAUUGGUGGAUUGAUGGGAGGUGUCGGUUUGGGGGGCGUUGCUUGUUUCCUUGGCAUAUUUGCUAUGAACGGAGCGUUGGUUGGAACACCUUUUGGUGCCUUUGGUGGAAAAAUGACGGGUGAAAUGGUGGAUGCUUAUGCCAAAGAAGUUCCGGAUUUCAAAUUCAUCCCCAUUGCGGAAGAAUGGGGAGAGCACACAAGUCAACCUUUACCUCAAGAGGAGACUCGAAGACUUCGAGUCACGAUCGGGAUCAACGGGUGGCUCAACACUAAAGAAGAUAUCCUUAGACCUUGGCGAGUUUUGGGACGAGAUAGCGAGACUUUUGCUUUGCGUUACGAAAUCGACGCUCUCCUUGAACUGGGUAAUUCAUUGAAAGACAUGGUUUCUUCAUACGCAUGGUCGUUUGUUAAAGUGGAAAUCUUGAAACGAACUGUGCUUGCAACCUUAUGGUCUGCGUUAUGGCCUGUUUACCUCUUGAAAAAGGCCACGAGUCUCGACACACCAUUUGCAGUAGCUAAACAUCGUUCAGAGAAAGCUGGGGCAGUUCUAGCCGAUGCGUUAAUCAACAAGGCCCAAGGAGACAGACCCGUCACGCUGAUCGGAUACUCGCUUGGUGCCAGGAUGAUAUACUCAUGCCUUAAGUCCCUAGCCCAAAGCCGCGCAUUCGGGCUUGUUGAAAAUGUCAUCCUAAUCGGUUCACCAAUACCUUCAAACUCGAAUAAUUGGAGAGAAAUGAGAGCAGUUGUCUCGGGAAAGGUGGUUAAUGUGUACAGUGAGAACGACUACAUCCUUGCGUUCCUCUAUCGGGCUACGUCUGUUCAGUAUGGUGUGGCAGGUCUACAAGGAAUUGAAGGCGUUGAAGGGAUCGGAAAUGAGGAUUUAACGAAGGAUGUUAGUGGGCAUCUACGCUAUCCGGAAUUGGUGAGCAAAAUAUUGAAAAGGGUUGGCGUCGAACAUGUCAAUGUGGAAGACGAGACGAUUGAAAUGGAUGCUGAAAUCAAAGUGAUUUGA